UUUUCAUUCUUGUUUCAAAAAUCAUCAAACAAGUUGUUUGUUUGCCAGAUUUACAUGCGGGGUUUUCAAGAAAUAUUCAUUCUAUUCAAACAUUUUAAUCAAUCGAUUCACUCGCUGAUUUUAGAGCAGUUGUUUUGCGGCCCUGUCGCAGUAAGGAGGUGUUACAAUUUAUCUUUUAUAAAUAGAUAAGUUAUUGCCGAUAUCCUAAUCAAAAUGAGCAACCACGUGGAAAAUGAAGCUAAAGGUUUUAAUUUCUCUGAUAUCAAGGAUAUGCCACACAUAGUGAAAGCUCUCGAUCACAAUCCUAAAAUUGCUUCGGAUAUUUUAAAUGUCAUUGGAAAUACACCAUUGGUAAAGCUCUCAAAAAUACCUAAGAGUGAGAAUGUGCAAUGUGAUAUGUAUGCAAAAUGUGAGUUCAUGAAUCCUGGAGGAUCUGUAAAGGACCGCAUUGCAUUUAGAAUGGUACAACAUGCAGAAAGCAAAGGUAUCCUGAUUCCUGGUGUAUCAGUUAUAAUAGAACCUACAUCUGGUAACACGGGUAUUGGCCUUGCUCUGGCUGCUGCAGUCAAAGGCUACAGAUGCAUCAUAGUAUUGCCAGAAAAAAUGUCUGAUGAGAAGGUGAACACCUUAAAAGCAUUGGGUGCUGAGAUUGUGAGGACACCCACCGAGGCAGCCUCUAAAGACCCGGAUAGCAACAUCAAUGUGGCCAAAAGAUUGACACGAGAAAUACCUAAUUCUGUAAUGCUAGAUCAGUACAACAAUGUGAGCAACCCACUGGCGCACUACGACGGCACGGGCGAAGAGAUCCUGUACCAGCUGGACGGGCACGUGGACAUGGUCGUGAUAGGCGCGGGCACGGGCGGUACCAUCUCGGGCACGGCGCUCAAGAUCAAGGAGCGCUGCCCCAACUGCAUCGUGGUCGGCGUUGACCCCCUCGGCUCUAUCCUCGCGCAGCCCGACGCCGUGAACAAGACUGACGUCAAAUUCUACGAGAUUCAGGUGGAAGGGAUCGGAUACGACUUCGUGCCGGCGACGCUGGACCGCGCCGUGGUGGACGUCUGGGUGAAGACUGAUGACACGCACACUCUCAAUAUGUCCCGCCGCCUCAUCAGGGAGGAAGGCCUGCUUUGCGGUGGCAGCAGCGGCGCGGCGAUGUGGGCGGCGGUGCAGGCUGCGCGUGCGCUGCAGCCGGGCCAGCGCUGCGUGGUGCUGCUGCCCGACAACAUCCGCAACUACAUGACCAAGUUCAUCUCCGACCAGUGGAUGGAGGCACGCAACUUUAAGAGCCUAGUCACAAAUGAUAACCUUCGGUGGUGGCACGAGCCGCUGACGGAGGACAUGGUGGAGCAGCUGGCGGUGACCGUCGACAGCCGCAGCUCCCCGCAGGAGGCGCUGGAAAAAUUGCGCAAGACUCGCGCGUCACUGCUCUUCGUUACCGAUUACGAUACCGGAGCCAUCAAGGGCCUCUUCACUGCAGACUACGCGCGAAGAAGGCUGACCAACUUACAUGGGUCAUUCAAUGAUAAACUUGAGAAGUUUACGUUUAAAAAGUAUUACAAAGUGAACCUUGCAAAGAACCCUCCACUGGGCCUAGUCUCGCGGAUGCUGGACUUGGAGCCUUUCGUAGCUGUUGUCAAAACCGAUGAAACAAGAAAACUUGAAGUUCCCGUGGGAGUUAUGACAUCACAUGACCUGCUCCUACACACGCUAGAUGUCAAACAUGUCAAUGGAAAAUAAACUAAGAAAUAACGUGAAUCAGCAUGGGAACAGUAUAAGAACUUGGACAUUAUUAUUAUUAUACAUUUUGAAUUCAAGUACAUUAUACUAUUUUAUUAAAAAAACAUAUUUACACAAAUUAAUGUUAAGUUAGGAAUAAUCUGCAGUUAUUCUGCGAAAUUGAACUUCCCAGUUUUGUAUGAUCUUAAUUUAAGGAACUGAUUAAUGAAGUAUAUAGAAUACAGAGUGAGUAUACUUUAAAUGCAGUGAAUUUGAUUAACUGCAAUAAAUAUCAAAUUUAUUAUUUAUAAGCAACUUAUUCAGUGAUUAUGAAGCAUUUCAUAGCAUUUAGUAUUAUUACACUAAUAUGACUAUAUUUUGAGGAAAUAUGUUUUACACUAAUUUGAAUCAUCACCUUAUAGAUAAAGGUCACAUUGGUUACAUUAUGGAUUAUGAAUAAAUAUAUUUAAUUUA